AUGGAGCCUGAAUCCCUAGAGCCCAAAACCAUGGCUCUCCCAGGGGUCAUGGAGAAAGAACCGCCGUCCACUGCGACGGGCAACGCAAUGACCAAGGAAGAGGAAGCCCAACAGGACGCAAAACUACGGCCAGAGAGGGAGGCCAAUUUUAGUGAUUAUAUCAGGAUCUUCAAGUACGCAAGGAUAUGGGAUUUUCCACUCAUGGUUGCCGCAGCCGUCGCAGCCGUGGGCGCGGGCGUGACUCUCCCGCUGAUGAACGUGGUCUUUGGUUCGUUGGUCAACAACUUCAAUGGCUAUUUUCUCGUCCCGCCCACAGCGACUAGAGAAGAGUUCACGGCCUCGCUAAACAGAAAUGCUCUGUACAUAUUCUUCCUUUUUCUGGGCCGCUUCAUCCUGACCUACAUCAACAAGUUCUCCUAUCGAAUAGUCGGUAUUCGCAUGUCGGCGGCCAUUAGACUCGACUACCUGCGCUGCUUGUUUGGCCAGACGAUACACGUACUCGACUCCAUGCCGCCUGGUGCUGCCGCUGGUACGAUUACCACAACGGCUAAUACCCUUCAGCUGGGUAUCAGCGAGAAACUGGGCACGUUUAUAGAGUACACGGCAACUAUCAUUGCGGCCACGGUCAUCGGCUUUACCUACAACUGGGCUCUCGCACUGGUGACAAGCAGCGUCUUACUCUUCAUCCUUCUGGUUAUUGGCACCAUACUUCCAUUUACCCUGCGGGGGACGAGCAGGCAAACGAAAGCCGAGACCAGAUCCUCCUCCGUGGCCAGCGAGACCUUCUCGUCGAUUCGAAUGGUUACUGCGUGCGGUGCCGAGGCGCAAAUGGCCAGACGCUUUGCCGUUUGGGCCGAAGCGGCCAAGAGACACGGCCAGAAGACUUCGCCUUUGCUGGCUUCCCAAUUCGGCCUCGUCUGGUUCGCACUUUUCUCGGCAUUUGGUUUGUCUUUUUGGUAUGGAACUAAAUCCUACACCGAAGGCCGCAUCGACGAUAUUGGCACUAUUACCGUGGUGCUGAUGUCUGUCGUCUUGAUGGUUGUUUCCCUAGAGCGAGUCUCGACGCCUCUCAUCGCGAUCGGCAAGGCUACGGUGGCUGCGUGCGAGUUCUUCAUAGUUAUCGAUGCGCCCCGUCCGAAAUUCGGUGAGCUCAAGGAGCCUGAUGUCUCGGCGACGGAUGACAUCGUCUUUGAGGAUGUUGACUUUGCCUACCCGAGUCGCUCUCACGUCAAGGUCUUGGACCAACUAAACCUACGUAUCCAGACUGGGAAGUUGACCGCGAUCGUCGGGCCCUCGGGGUCUGGAAAGAGUACGAUAGUCGGCCUUGUCGAACGGUGGUACACUCUUCAUGAUCAACCUAUAAUUGCGAAAGCCAUCGAUAAGGAGAAGAAGAAGAAGCAAGAGAAGAAGAAAAAGAAGACCAAGGGCAAAGGGAACACCGAUGACGACUACUCAGACGACGAGGAAAAUAUUACGCGACCGGAAGAGACGGGCGACAUGGUUGAGUUGAAAGGAUCCAUAAGCACUAGUGGUCACGGACUGGAAGACAUCGACUUGAGGUGGUGGCGAUCCCAGAUUGGACUUGUGCAGCAAGAGCCCUUCCUUUUCAACGACACCAUCUACAAUAACGUGCGCCACGGCUUGAUAGGCUCAGAGUCAGCGAGCGUGCCUGAAGAACGACAGAAGGAGCUUGUGAGAGAGGCAUGCAAGGAAUCCUUUGCAGACGAGUUCAUCGAUCGACUCCCCCAUGGUUACGAGACGCUCGUCGGUGAUAGCGGCACGAAGCUGUCGGGUGGUCAACGUCAGCGGAUUUGCAUUGCCCGAGCCAUCAUCAAGAAACCCAAGAUCCUUAUCCUCGACGAGGCCACAUCCGCGAUCGAUGUCCGAGGAGAACGCAUCGUACAAGCGGCGCUCGACAAGGUUUCACAGGGUCGCACGACUAUCACAAUCGCCCACCGACUGUCAACGAUCAAGAAGGCGGACACAAUUGUGGUCCUGAAGAAAGGCAAGGUGGUUGAGCAGGGGGAUCACGAGGCAUUGCUCCAGAACGACCAAGGUGUCUACUAUGGGCUUGUCCACGCCCAGCAGCUUUCGCUCGGCGAUCCGGCAGACGCUAGCGACUCCGAGGAGGUUGAAGAGGAGGACAUCGGCGCGGUCCUCAGCCGUGAGAAGAGUGCGGCCUUAUCCGAGACUGUCAACGCAAUAAGCGCCCCGGGAUGGAAAAUACGCGGCUUGGCCGGCAGCUUCGGACGACUGCUCUACGAACAGAGAUCGCGAUUCCCUUCUUACGCCAUCACGAUACUUGCUGCCAUGUGUGCUGCCACGGUGUCCCCUCUGCAAGCAUACCUCUUCGCUAAAAUCAUCGUUGUCUUCCAAUACAUCGGGGAUCCCGACAAGUUCACAAGAGAAGCCAACUUCUGGUCUUUGAUGUGGGUCGUUCUUGCUAUAGGCGCUGGCCUCUCCUACUUCAUCCUCGGCUUCGUAACGACUCAUCUUGCCCAUUAUAUAUCAUCGCACUAUCGACAACAGUACUUCGAGGGAAUCCUUUACCAGAAGACGACAUUCUUUGACGAAGAGGAUAACUCGACUGGUACGCUCACUGCUAGGGUCGGGAGCGAUCCGAAGCAACUCGAGGAGUUGUUGGGCCUGAAUAUGGCUUUGGUGUACACCUCCUUCUUCACUCUCAUCGGCGCUCUGACGAUAGCUUUCGUCUACGGCUGGAAACUCGCUAUUGUGGCGACAACCGUCACGGCGCCGUUGGGUCUGCUAGCAGGAUAUUUCCGCUUCAAGUACGAGCUCGAGUUCGAGAAACUGUACGGAGCUGUGUUUGCCGAGUCCUCCAAGUUCGCCGCCGAAUCAAUCGGCGCUUUCCGGACUGUGUCUUCGCUCACUCUCGAGGACACCAUUUGCGAUCGCUACCAGGACUUACUUGGCGGCCACGUUGUGAAAGCCUUCAAGAAGGCGAGAUGGAGCACUCUCAUCUUUGCCUUCUCGGAUAGUGUCAGCCUGGGCUGUCAGGGGCUCAUCUUCUGGUAUGGCGGAACACUGCUGGCUUCGCGGGAAUACAACGUCUUGAACUUCUUCAUCUGCUACCUGGCGGUUAUCCAGGGGGCCGAAGCAGCUGGCCAGGGCUUCAGCUUCGGCCCAAACGCUGCGCAGGCGUCGGCUGCGGCCAACCGGAUUCUGAGUAUUCGGGAGUCCCGAAACCGCGAUCUUAGUGCAGAAAGCGCGCAGAUCCCGGACGCUGAAGGCGGCAUCAAGAUCGAGCUGAGAGACGUGCACUUCAAGUACCCUACCCGUAACGUGUCGAUCUUCAAGGGCAUCAACAUCACCAUCGAAAAGGGCCAGUUCGCUGCUCUGGUGGGCGCCUCCGGGUGCGGUAAAACGAGUAUCGUAUCGUUGCUGGAGCGCUUCUACGAUAUCCAGCAGGGCCAGAUUCUGGCCAACGGAGUCGACACCGCGGACAUCAACGUGUACGAGUACCGCAAGCACCUCUCGCUCGUCGCGCAGGAACCCACGCUGUUCCAGGGCACGCUGCGCGAGAACAUCCUGCUCGGCGUCGACCCGGAGGCGGUGACCGACGAGCAGCUGCACGCCGUGUGCCGCGACGCCAGCAUCCACGAGUUCAUCGUGUCGCUGCCCGAGGGCUACAACACCGAGAUCGGCAGCCGCGGCGUGUCUCUCUCGGGCGGGCAGAAGCAGCGCAUCGCCAUCGCGCGCGCGCUCAUCCGCCAGCCGCACGUUUUGUUGUUGGACGAGGCGACCAGCAGUCUGGACUCGGAGAGCGAGAAGCUGGUCCAGGGCGCGUUCGAGCGGGCGGCGACGGGGCGGACCAUGGUCGUGAUCGCGCAUCGCCUGGCGACGGUGCAGAAUGCGGAUGUCAUCUUCGUGCUGGGCGAGGGCAGGGUCCUGGAGAAGGGGUCGCAUGUGGAGUUGCUGAAUAAUAAGGGGGUUUAUUGGCAUAUGUGUCAAAGCCAGGCUCUUGAUAGAUGA